AUGGCUACAAGACAUAAGGAUGAUGUUUUGGAAAAAGCAGAUGAACCACAUGCUCAGGCUCCAGCCGCGAGUUUAUAUAAAUCACAGUCCUCCCGACUCCUAGGCCGCUUACGAAUAUACGGCCGAAGAUUCUCUAGAACUCCGAGGGGUCUCCAACUUUAUAGGUUGUCUUCGUUGCCUUACAUUCCCCAUGCGCUGAUUGCCACCCGAGAUUAUCAACGAGAUCCUCCUCACUCCAACCUUUUGCGCCUCGGCAUUGAUGAUAUGGUCGGUAACGAUGUCAUGAGGUGUUGGACGUUCCUUCAGCUUCAAAGUUUAGUCGCUCUUCGCUCCGAGGUCAGCGUAGUUGCGGAGACGCUGUUUCAUCCUCAGUUGGAGGAACUGAACUUGCAUGGUCAACUUCCACAGACUGAAGCGCCUAAGUCGGACGUCAGCGAAGAGCACCCCAGAUCCGUGCUCCCGAAGCUUGUCAUGCAGAGUGAAAAGCCUGCUUUGGUUCCUUCGCUAGAACAUUUAUCGGCUACGUCGCGGACACCCACGCUGAAGGGCGCAUGCGUAUUUUAUGAAUGGUAUGAGGAGAUUGUGCACUUUGAACAAGAGCUCCUUGCGAAGAAUUUGAUAUCCGAGGAUAACGACGGCCACGUCAUAGGGAAUCAAAUCGAACACAAAGCUAAGCUCCAGGGUACCGUCUUUGUCCUAACGGCUGCUCACAAAAAUCUCUCCCCACUGAUCAAACCCAGCGCCCUCUCGCUCCCCGCUUUAAUCGUACACUUGAAUGGUGUCGGGUGA